CCGCCGCCAUCUUAGUUGCUGCCACUGCCUCCAGCGAAGCGCUGCCUCUGCGGACGGGAGGGCGCUCGCGGCUCGAGCGCGCGGCCCAGCGUCACGGCGGCGGCUCCUCCGCGGACCCUGGUGCUCGCCGCGGCGCGAAGCAACCGGCUCCGGGCCGCCGGAGCCCCGCUCGGCGCCCCGCGCGCCUCCCUGCCGCUGCCGCCUUGGGCCGGCCGCGGCGCCGGGAGCCCGAGCGAUGCUACGCCGCCCUGCGCUCGCGCUGGCCCCGGCCGCCUGGCUGCUGCUGGCCGGGCUGCUGUGCGGCGAUGAGGUCUGGGCCGUGCGAGCUAACAAGCACAAGCCGUGGCUUGAGCCCACCUAUCACGGCAUAGUGACCGAAAAUGACAAUACCGUGCUCCUGGACCCCCCGCUGAUCGCCCUGGACAAAGACGCCCCGUUGCGGUUCGCAGAGAGUUUUGAGGUGACAGUCACCAAAGAAGGUGAGAUUUGUGGAUUUAAAAUUCACGGGCAGAACGUCCCCUUCGACGCAGUGGUGGUGGAUAAGUCCACGGGCGAGGGACUGAUCCGCUCCAAAGAGAAACUAGACUGUGAGCUACAGAAAGACUACACGUUCACCAUCCAGGCCUACGACUGCGGCCGGGGGCCGGACGGCAGCGCCAGCGCGAAGAAGUCCCAUAAAGCGACCGUCCACAUCCAGGUGAGCGACGUGAACGAGUACGCGCCCGUGUUCAAGGAGAAGUCCUACCAGGCGACGGCCGUCGAGGGGAAGCGGUACGAGAGCCUCCUGAGGGUGGAGGCCGUGGAUGCGGACUGCUCCCCUCAGUUCAGCCAGAUUUGCAGCUAUGAAAUCGUCACUCCGGACGUGCCGUUCACUGUUGACAAAGACGGUUACAUAAAGAACACGGAGAAGCUGAAGUACGGCAAGGAGCACCAGUACAAGCUGACCGUCACGGCCUACGACUGCGGGAAGAAGAGGGCAGCGGAGGACGUGUUGGUAAAGAUCAGCGUUAAGCCCACCUGCACCCCCGGCUGGCAAGGGUGGAGCGACAGGGUCGAGUACGAGCCAGGCACGGGCGCGCUGGCCCUCUUCCCCAGCCUGCGCCUGGAGACCUGCGACGCGUCGGUGGCCUCGGUGCAGGCGACGGUGGAGCUGGAGACCAGCCACAUAGGGAAGGGCUGUGACCGCGACACCUACUCGGAGAAGUCCCUCCACCGGCUCUGUGGUGCUGCGGCUGGCACUGCCGAGCUGCUUCCUUCCCCGAGCAGCGCCCUGAACUGGACCGUCGGCCUCCCCACCGACAACGGUCACGACAGCGACCAGGUGUUCGAGUUCAACGGCACCCAGGCCGUCAGGAUCCCAGACGGCGUCGUUUCCGUCAACCCCAAAGAGCCUUUUACGAUCUCUGUGUGGAUGCGACACGGGCCCUUCGGCAGGAGGAAGGAGACGAUCCUCUGCAGCUCAGACAGGACAGAUAUGAACCGGCACCAUUAUUCCCUGUUUGUCCACGGCUGCCGGUUUAUUUUCCUCCUCCGUCAGGAUCCCUCAGGAGAGAAGAAGUACAGGCCCGCAGAGUUCCACUGGAAGCUGACCCAGGUCUGUGACGAGGAGUGGCAUCACUACGUCCUCAACGUGGAAAUCCCGACGGUCACUCUCUAUGUGGACGGGGUUUCCCAUGAGCCCUUCUCUGUGACUGAAGAUCACCCACUUCAUCCGUCCAAGAUCGAGACUCAGCUCGUGGUGGGGGCCUGCUGGCAAGAGUACUCAGGAGUCGAAAGUGACAAUGACACCGAGCCUCUGCCUGUGGCCUCGGCAGGUGGUGACCUGCACAUGACCCAGUUUUUCCGCGGCGACCUGGCUGGCCUGACGAUCCGCUCUGGGAAGCUCACAGAUAAGAAGGCGAUCGACUGCCUGUACACCUGCAAGGAGGGGCUGGAACUGCGAGUCCCGGAGGGCGGCGGCAGAGGCGUGAAGAUCCAAGCCAACCCCAGCCGGUCGGUGCUGACCUUGGAGGGAGAGGACGUGGGGGAGGUGGAGAAGGCCCUGCGGCUCGUCGCCUACCUGAACUCGCGGCAGUUCCCCACCCCCGGGAUCCGGAGGCUCAAGCUCACCAGCGUGGUCACGUGUCCUAACGAGGCCGCCUGCAUUGCAGUCCCCCCGGUCGACGGUUCCGUGAUGGUUCUGCAGCCGGAGGAGCCCAAGAUCAGCCUGAGUGGCGUCCACCACUUCGCACGAGCGGCGUCUGAGUUCGAGAGCUCGGAAGGAGUUUUCCUUUUCCCUGAGCUGCGGAUCAUCAGCACCAUCACGAGGGAGGUGGAGCCCGACGGGGAAGGGGACGAGGACCCCACAGUUCAAGAGUCCCUCGUGUCAGAGGAGGUCGUGCACGACCUGGACACCUGUGAGGUGACGGUGGAGGGGGAGGAGCUGAACCCCGAGCAGGAGAGCCUGGAGGUGGACGCGGCCCACCUGCAGCCCCGGGGCAUGGAAGUGAGCCGCUCUGACCUGGGCGUGACCUUCACAGGCGUGGACACCAUGGCCAGCUACGAGGAGGUGCUGCGCCUCCUGCGCUAUCGCAACUGGCACUCCAGGUCCUUGCUCGACCGGAAGUUCAAGCUCGUCUGCUCCGAGCUGAAUGGACGCUACGUCAGCAACGAGUUUCAGGUGGAGGUGCAGGCUGCCUUUCUCCCUCUGCCGCAGGUGAACGUGAUCCACACAGCCAACCCUGUGGAACACGCCAACCACAUGGCCGCCCAGCCGCAGUUCGUCCACCCUGAGCAUCGCUCCUUUGUUGAUCUCUCAGGCCACAACCUGGCCAACCCCCACCCGUUUGCAGUUGUCCCCAGCACGGCCACCGUCGUGAUCGUGGUGUGCGUCAGCUUCUUGGUGUUCAUGAUCAUCCUGGGAGUGUUCCGGAUCCGGGCUGCUCACCAGCGAGCCGUGCGGGACCAGGACGCCGGCAAGGAGAGCGAGAUGGACUGGGACGACUCGGCCCUGACCAUCACCGUGAACCCCAUGGAGACAUACGAGGACCAACACAGCGAGGAAGAGGAGGAGGAGGAGGAGGAGGAAGAGAGCGAGGAUGGUGAGGAGGAGGACGAUGUCACCAGUGCCGAGUCGGAGAGCAGCGAGGAGGAGGAGGGGGAGCGCGGGGGCCCGCGGACCGGGGACAGGCCGCAGCAGCUGGAGUGGGACGACUCCACCCUCAGCUACUGAGCCACCGCUGCGCCCUCGUGUCCUGCUUCCCGGGACUCUGCUGCCAUCUUCGUACCGGCCCCAAGGGUCCACGAUGUACAAAGUCCUUCUGGCCAGUAGGUCUGCUGACCCUCCCCGUCGCCCACGCUUGGUGUGCAGGACCCCAGGCUCCCUCCCUGCCCCUCCCUCCGCCUGGAUCUCUGUCCCGUGAGGAGCUGACACGCGCGCCCUCCAGUCACCUCGCUCCGUGUGGCCCUCGCUCCUCCGAAAACACCGAGUGCCUGGACUUGGUGACCAAGGGUUAAAAAUCUCUCAUUCCCACCUGGUAAUCCUUUUUUUUUUUAAAUUUUGUUUUUCCAAACUAGUGCAUGUAUAAAAUGGCAGAAUGGGGGUUAAUAUGUAGAUGAUGAACUGACUUUUUAAUAUUUUGUAAAUAAAUCGGGAUUCCUCACGUCCUCUGUGCCAGUGUGACCCAGGGCCGGAGCGCGAGCGGGAGACACGGAGUGCGGGAGACCCUCCCCCGGGCUCCUGCUCUGCCCGGACACGGGGAAAGGGGCCUGCCCCGCCUGGGCACCCAGGACUGCCCCAGCCUCAGGGCUCCGACCCCAGGUGGGGCCCGGCCAGUCAAGGGCAGGGACUUGGCGUGCUGCUUGGUGGGAGGGGACCCUGUCUGGAGGCUGGCAAUGCCUGGCGCCCGUCUUUGGGGUCCCACCUGUUUCUCGUGUGGCAGAGGGGGUGGGCACUGGGGUCCUGGGCCCACUGUGCACACAGUGCCGUGUGCAGGAACCUGGACUCCUCGUGUACAGCCCUGGGGCUCACGCUUCGACGUGCGUGUCAUACGCCAGGACUUAGGGAACACACGGAUGGCACAAGCCGCCGCGCCGCUCGCUCUGGAGCCACCGUGGGCCUGCCCGAUCUGGGAACACGCUCGCCGAACACACAGCCAGAGGCCCCGAGUCAGACUCCGACCCCCUGCAGCAGCGCACGCUCUGCUCUCUCCUCAGAGCCCCAGGGCGGCGGGAGGUGGGGGGCACCCGCUCCCAGGAGUGGGGGCCCUGCUGCUGCUGUGCUUGGCGGUGAAGGAGAGGGCGUCAGGAGCUAAAGCCCCUAUAGCACUUUGUUUUUAAUUUACAUGUAAAAUUUUAGAUUUCUAAAACGGGGGGAAAUGAUUUUGAAUACUGUCGUGUAACCCUAACUGCUAGUCUCGAGGACACUGCCGCUGUCCUGUGUCUGUGUGGCCCUCCCUCCACGCACUGUCACUGUAGCUGCUCCGUUUAGACAAUGGGUAGACGCCAACGCGGAGGCGCGCGUCCUCGCUGUCUGUAGCCGCUGUGGUCCCACUUUCCCGACGUGUAUGUUGAUGCCAGGCCAGAAAGUGUCUACACUACAAUAAAGUUCUGGUUCUAACUCCAGCGGGAGCACGAGUGGUUUGUCAUCUUGCAUGCCGUUUCUCUUUGAGCCAAGAACAUAACAUACAAAGGCUUUUAUUUCUUGUCAUCUGCUU